GAAAAGAAAAAUCUGAUACUCAUUAAUCAAAGCUUAGCUUUCACAGCAGAAAAUCAUCAAACACUUGCGACGGAGACAGUAGUGGAGAGAGAGAGAGAGAGAGAGAGAGAUCUGAAAGGCUUCUCUCUACUUUUGUCCUCCACUGAUUUCUAGAGAGAAAAAAAAACUGAGUUCUGGAAAGAGAAACAAAGCGGAAAUGGCGAACGGUGGAGGUGGCGGUUAUGGCGAUGCUAGCCAGAAGAUAGACUACGUCUUCAAGGUCGUGUUGAUAGGAGACUCGGCGGUCGGAAAAUCUCAGAUUCUGGCGAGGUUCGCGAGGAACGAGUUCAGUUUAGACUCGAAAGCCACAAUCGGCGUCGAGUUCCAGACGAGGACUCUCGUCAUCCAGCACAAGAGCGUCAAGGCUCAGAUCUGGGACACUGCUGGCCAAGAGAGAUACAGAGCAGUGACAAGUGCAUACUACAGGGGUGCUGUUGGCGCAAUGCUGGUUUACGACAUAACCAAACGCCAGACCUUUGAUCACAUUCCGCGUUGGCUUGAAGAGCUACGUAACCAUGCGGACAAGAACAUAGUCAUCAUUCUGAUUGGAAACAAAACUGAUCUGGAGGACCAGCGUGCAGUUCCUACCGAAGACGCCAAAGAAUUUGCACAGAAAGAGGAACUUUUCUUCUUGGAGACUUCAGCACUGCAAUCAACUAACGUCGAGAAUGCCUUCUUGACCGUGCUGACCGAGAUCUUUAACAUUGUGAACAAGAAGAACCUAGCUGCUGAUGAAAACCAAGGAAAUGGUAAUCCUGCAUCGCUUUCUGGCAAGAAGAUCCUUGUCCCAGGUCCUGCGCAGGUUAUCCCGGAGAAGAAAAUGUGCUGUAAAUCAUCGUGAUUGAGUCUCAUUUAAGUAGGGGGUUUCUCCUCAAUAUAGGGUUUCAUCUUUGCAUUCUUAGUAGCAAUUUUUUCGAAGGGUGGUGCAUUUUUACUUUGUAUAUCUUUACGUUUGGUUUAGCUUUAGUUUGCGUUGGCAGCUGAACCAGUAGCACGUUAUGUGAUAUGGGGAGGAAAAAGAAAAAAAAAACUAAAGAUGAAGCUGAGAUGCGGAUUUUGCAUGUCAGUAGUCUGUUGUGAA